AUGUACAUUUACCUCAGUAUUUUAAAUCUGUUGACAGUUUGGGUAAUGAUGGCUCAGCUCCAGCAAGGAGGUCCGGAUGAAAAAGAGAAGACUACUGCAUUAAAGGAUUUAUUGUCUAGAAUAGACUUGGAUGAACUAAUGAAAAAAGAUGAGCCACCACUUGAAUUUCCUGAUACUCUGGAAGGAUUUGAGUACAUUUUUAAUGAAAAAGGGCAGUUAAGACACAUAAAAACUGGGGAGCCAUUUGUUUUUAAUUAUCGUGAAGAUUUGCAUAGAUGGAACCAAAAGCGCUAUGAAGCUCUUGGAGAGAUCAUUACUAAAUAUGUCUAUGAACUACUGCAAAAGGAAUGUCACUUGAAGAAAGUAACUGUCCCAGUUGAUGCGACUGAGAGUGAACCAAAGAGCUUUAUCUUUAUGAGUGAAGAUGCAUUAACAAAUCCUGACAAGCUGUUGGUCCUAAUUCAUGGUAAUGGCGUUGUCAGAGCAGGUCAGUGGGCUAGGAGACUUAUAAUUAAUGAAGAUCUGGACAGUGGCACACAGAUACCGUAUAUAAAGAGAGCUAUUGAGGAAGGCUAUGGAGUAAUAGUACUGAAUCCCAAUGAGAACUAUAUUGAAGUGGAGAAGACAAAAGCCCAAGUACAGCUGUCUUCUGAUAGUUCAGAUGAACCUGCAGAAAAGAGGGAAAGAAAAGAUAAAAUCCAGAAGGAAACAAAGAAGCGACGUGACUUCUACGAAAAGUACCGAAAUCCACAAAAAGAAAAAGAAACUAUGCAGAUAUAUAUUAGAGAUAAUGGAUCUCCUGAAGAACAUGCAAUUUAUGUUUGGGACCAUUUUAUUUCCCAGUCAGCUGCAGAGAACGUGUUUUUUGUUGCUCACAGUUAUGGUGGACUUGCCUUUGUAGAGUUGAUGAUUCAACGAGAAGCAGAAGUAAAGAAUAAGGUAACUGCUGUGGCGUUGACAGACUCUGUUCACAAUGUGUGGCAUCAAGAAGUUGGGAAAACUAUUCGAGAGUGGAUGCGAGAGAACUGCUGCAACUGGGUGUCCAGCUCUGAGCCCCUGGACACGUCGGUGGAGUCCAUGCUGCCGGAUUGCCCCCGCGUCUCUGCAGGUACAGAGCGCCAUGAACUAACUUCCUGGAAGAGUUUUCCAUCUAUUUUCAAGUUCUUCAGCGAGGCGGUGGAGGCAAAGAACAGCUCAGUGAAACCAACCCCAACCCGGCGCUCCAACAGGAUAAAAUACGAAGAAUUGUAAAAGGAGGGGAGGAAAAAAACCCAAACCAACACCGCCACCAACCUCUUCGCUGCCUGUUUUCUGCAAGCCGUCUCCCAGCCCCUCAUUAGAUUGUUUUCUUCCUAGAGCACAGGGUCGUGAUGUAUACAUCUAAAUAGCGUUUUGCAUUAUUUCUAGAUGAGUGCAACUGUCAAAGCAAUAUGGGUUCACUGGUUGUGCUUCCUGUGGGCUGUAACUUGGAUUUCGUGCUGCCCAUCAGCGCGCAGAUUAAGGCUGACAGUGGUACUGCACAGUGCAGCUCUAAUUGCCCUGACAUAGCCCUGCACCAAGCUGAUGCCAAAAUUUAACAGCUUCGUCGUGGUCUCAUUGCCCGCAGGAUUUUUUGCUGCUUCCUUCUAUUUUGAGACACAAUGAAACAGGAAUUACUCUUUUUUAAAAGACGGCUCUAACUCAGAAUUGCUAACCAGCCUGUGAUUUUGUAGCCAGUAGCCUUCUCUUUCUCUGGGACCAAGUGGGAUCAACUCUUGACUCUUUCAUUUUCUGCUGGUAGGAGGGUCCAAGAAGUUUGGUCCAGAUUUGUUGGAAAGCCCCUUUGUUGUAGAGAUUUUCUCCUCCAGCCAGAUCAAUGGUAUUAUCUGUAGAUCAGCUCUUCCUUUUGAAAGCUCCACUUAAAAAAAAAAUGCCUAUUCAUUAACUGGCUGGAUCACACUGUGAAAUAUGACAGGGAAAAAAAAAAAAAAA